CGGGAAAGUGCCCAAUUUUUGUGAAACCAUAAUUUUUAUCACCUUUUAAGCGGUUUCGCUUCAGGAUGAACAACCCUGGAAGUGGUCUCCUAAAAACAUUGACUGCAGUCAAUGAGAAGAGUGAAGCGUUUGUCGACAAGAAAAUUGAGGAAUAUAAACUUCUCGUAGAAGAACACACAACAUGGUUGAAUGAAAUUUUGAUUGAAGUGAAGAAAUCAUUUGUCAGUCCAAAGAUUCAAAUUUUGCCAAAGACACCUUCGGCCAAACGUGCACGUAAGAGAAGAAAAGCAGCUUACACAGAUACCGACAAUGAUGAUGAAGAUGAACAUCAUGCCCCUCCUUCAAAAACAAGGAACACUAGAGGCAGAGUGGCCAACGAUUCCGCUAGUGAUUUUGAAGACUCGGCUGCUGACACUGGACGUUCGACACGCUCAUCUCGAGCUAGAGGGUCUCGAAAUGCUCAAUCAAGAUCAGCCAGGAGCUGUGCAAAAUCUACCAAGAGUUCCUCCCGUAAUCAGAAAUCAGAAACAUCUGAUGAACCAGCGUCCCCCGUUAUGAGUUUGAUGAAAGGUCGGGACACUAUCUUAGAAGUUUGUGAGCCAACACCGACACUGAAAAAAACAGUUCUUUCGGUUCUUGGUGAAGUCCCUGCUGCUAGUCCCAAGACACCAGUGACAAUAUCUAGCAAUGAUAAUCAGAAAAACACUCCCAUCGAUGUAUUUACUGGGUUAAGGGUGACGCCCAAGACGUUAGUUAAAAACGCCUCUCCAAGGAGUCCGCGAUGUAUUCCGAAUUUUGCCACGUUAAAUGUGAAAGAACAAGCUAGGGCUUAUGAACACAUGGUCAGUUCAUCCGACGAGGCGACUCCAAAGAUGGAUCGUGUAAAAACAUUGAAGUCGCAAACACCAAACAUUGGUGGUUCGGACAGUGAAUAUGGUACGCCAAGUGCAGAUUCCCCAAUGAGAAUGUCUGAGCUGAAAACGCCUCAGCAAUCGUCGCUAACGCCAGCAACUCCUACGACAGUAAUUCACGUGCCCCAGACACCUCCCACUGUUGUGUACACCUCUGAAGCUUCAGUUACACUAUCAAAUGAGAACACAAGUAAAGUAAAAUCACGGAUCUUGAAGCAGGUUCCUAGUGGUAGCGUAUCCAGUACGGAAAAACCGGCCAGUCGGAGAUCUUCCGUUCGAAAGUCUACGAGCCACCGUCUGUCGAUGCGGGCUGGUCUGAAAAGGAGCAAGAUGAGUUUGAGCAAGCGGAAAUCAUCGAUCAUGCAUUAUCAGGCUCCAAGUGCGAGUGCGGCAACGGUUUUGGAAGUCAUCCAGUCACCGCUCCCGCAAGAAGAUGAGAUUAUCACUGUGUCUCCAAAAGUGGCCCAAAAGAUGUCAGCUAGUACAUCUUCACUUACUGGUACUCCUAGGCAGCCAGGGUCAAGGUUGCGACUGAAGAAAUCAAAUAGGAACACACCUACUGAAUCGCCCGUCCCUGCACCUCGACGAACAACGCGGACAAAGACGAGGCAAUUGGCGUCUGCCUCCUCCGAUGAUAACGUUUUUUCACCAACAGCAGUGCCUAAAUUGACGGGUCGAUCGACGCGUACUAAAUCACGGCAACAGACAACUUCGUCUUCAGCAUCAAGCACGGGAGGCAGCGUCUCAUCACCAGCGGGUCAAAACCGGCGGGUAACAAGAUCAAAACUUCGUUCUGCGAAAUCUGCCACAGACUUGUCGGAUGCUAGCAAAUCGGGUGAAAAUGAAGUCAGUGCACCAGAGGGAACAACACGGAUAACAAGAACCAAAGCUAGAAAAAGACAUCACACCGAAAGUGGUGACAGUGCCUCUGGUGAAACUGUCCUUCAAGAAAAUAAGAGAAGAAAGUCUGAGAAGAAAAACGACGUAUCUGUUGUUCUUAUUGACGACAGUGGUGAUGAGCACGUAAAUCACGGAAAUGCUCCUGAUGAUGUUGAGUGCAGUGAGGAAGAAGACAGUCCGAGGAAACCCGCCUUCCAUACUCCAACCCACCCAUCGUCGUUCCUUAAUGCCCUGAAGAAAGUAAAAGGCUCCGGAGGGGGAUCGGGACAGAAGAUGACUGGAAAUCUGAAUGGCCUUGUCUCUUCCUUCAUUAAACGUAAUACACCGAAGAAUAAAACCGCUUUGGAGAAGCGUGAAGAGCAGAAGAAAGAGCUCCUCAAGAAGAGACAACAGCAAGAGGAUCGCAUUCAAAGAAUCCGAGAUCAACGCAAGAAAGAGGUCGAAUUUGCCAGAAAAAAACGUGAAGAGCACAUGAAAAAAGUUCUGGCAAAAAAACAACAGCAGGAGAAAGAAUUGAAAGAAAAUACAAAGCGGACUGUCGAAAAGACGAAGGAAAAAGUGGCCAUCACGAUCCAGGUCCGAGAACAGAAGGAGAAGGCUGAGAGAGAGAAGCUUCAAAAGAUGAGGGAGAAGAAGCUCUUGGAAAUAGAGGACAGAAAGAAACAGGAAGAGUUGGUCCGGUUACAGAAACUCAAGGAGAAGGAGGAAGAGGAGAGGCACCAUCAAGAAAUGCUGCAGCGCAAGCGGGAGUUUGAAGAGAAAGAGAGGACACAGAAACUGCUGGAAGAACGACGACUGGCAGAGAUCAAGAGGCAUGAGAUGGAGGAACAGAAGCUGAAGGAACAGGAACAGAUGCGUAAGCAGCAGGACAUCCAGGAUCAACAAAGACGGAAAGAGCUAGAAGAAAAGGAGAAACAACUUGCCAAGGAAAGGGCUGAAAGGACGCAACAGGAACUGGAACGCAGGAAGGAAAAGGAAAAGAAGUUGGUAGAGGAACGUGAAAAGGAACGUAAUCGCCUCCAACAGCAAUUGGCCGACCAGAGGGUGCGCCAAGAAGAGGAGGAAUGUCGCAGAAAGGAACAGGAGAAAUUAAAAGCUUCCAUCAAACAAACUAACCAAGCAAAUAUGCACUCCAGUUUGAAUACUAGUGGGAAUAAUUCCAUCUACGCCUCAUCGAAAAUGAAUACAACUUUUGAGAAGGAAAAGAAUACUUCGUGUGAUAGCUACCCAAUGACCCCACAGGGUAAGAAGAGAUGUGAUAACUACGACAUUGAGGACAUGAAUUCUGACGACUCGACUGAUGAUGAAGAUAAGCCAAGGAAGGAAACCCCUGCGUGGGCAAAUGGUGCUAGUUUGAAGGCCAGUCUUCUCAACCAGUACUAUCGCCCACCAGAUAUUGAUGUCUUGUUCGGUUAUUCGGAUAUGCCUGAUCUCACAGUCAUGUUCAACAGAUUCAAACAGAAAAACCGUUUUAAGAAGCGAACAAGCUCGGCUGUUUGGGACUCUCCCAUGUACAAAUCUCCAAAAUGAAGUGAUAUUUCGCCUUAAGUAGACAUUAUUUUCGGAUUUGAUAAUGAUUUUAAUUUACUGAAUGCUGGAAUUCUCUUUUUGCUGUCACAUAGAAAAAUUCAUAGGCCUAAGAAUUUUUUUAGUGAACAGGGGAAUUGAGCAAUGUGUCAGCAAUCCUCUUCUUUUCUGCUGAAAUUUUUCUUCAGAUUACUGAGAGGAAACCUCAAACCGUGCAUAAAACGUGUACAGGUAUAUUCUGUCAAAAUGACGUUUUGUUAUUAAUCCAUUGCUUACCGAACCGGUACAAUGUGUGGGCCCACAGUGGCCCUUUUGAAAACUGUGAUACACUUGUUGGUUUGGAGUGUAUGCGCGGUCCAAUUCCCACCCAGAGGUUGGCAAUCUCUUCAAAGAAAACACGGGUGUUCUUUGUCUGAUGUUAUUCAUGAUUCCCUUUUGUCAUGAACUGUAAACUCCAUUUUUCUUGCGAGAGGACCAGAGUAGAUUGAAAGUGUCGAGUAAGUACAAAUUGUUCUCGAAGACUUUCUGAUUAGGGCUUGGAGGAUUUUGAGAAUUUUGGGGGAUAGCGCAAAAUGAGUGGUUGGAUCAAUUGAGUCAUUUUGUUUUGUAAAUACAUUUGUAAAUUCUAAAUAUGAUGACAAAUUUUACCCCGCUAUGUAGCAUGUAUGUGUACUGGACCAUCGCGGAGCAAGUUGUAACCCAGAUCUUGUGGGCUUUUAUGUCUAAUAUGUUGUCUGAGAUGCAUGGGAGACAAACUAAUUCAAAUCGGUUUUCACUAAAUGCCCCGCAAACGUUAUUUCUCAUCAUAUAUAUUAACAUGGACUGUACGUCAUAGAUACAUGAGUAUGUAAUUCCGUAUACCCAUGUAAUUUUCAAAAUUGUAAAUGCUUUUGUGCUUUUGUACUUAGCCCUUGAGGCCUAUUACCAAACUGUGUAAUAAUGCAGCUUAAACUCCUUUGCACAGUAAGAUUUGAUGCAAACCAAUAAACUGUCCGAUAAGAA